UCAUCUGUCUCUCUCCGAUCUUAGCUUACCUUAGUUCCAAAAUGAAGCUGCCGUUGAAAAGCCACGAGACCAGAGAAACCCCAAUACGUGAAGUAUACGAUACAACCACUAUCCCUGAACUCCUCCAACUGAUCGAUUCAAUACUUGAGGAACUUCACCGAUCACUCGGCAUAACAUCCGUUGAGGCAAACCAAUCAGAGAAGAACCAGACGAGUACGGAUGGUCCAGACCCGACGGAUACCAAAAGGCUAAGCGAACCAUUCUUCUUGAAAAAGAUUUUACUUGAGAACUCAUCUGGUGAUAGUACCAGUGAGUUAACGACGUUAGCUAUGUCUGUUCACGCCGUAAUGUUAGAAUCUGGAUUCGUUCUGUUCAAUCCUGACUCCUCUGAUGAUAAGUUUAGCUUCUCGAAAGAGUUACUUUCUGUAUCCCUUAGGUAUACUCUGCCUGAGCUUGUCGAGUCUGUUACCGUUACGUUUCAGAGCUUAACCGAUAAAGUUGUAGUCUACGGGUCUUUAAGUGGGAAUGUGCGAAGGGUUUAUCUCGAUAAGAGUUGGUUUACGCCAGUUAUCGAUACUCUGAAGUCUGACGAAGAAGUCUCUCCGAGCUGGUGAAAGAUGGUCUUGUUACACCUUUGUUGAUCGAUCUAUGCGAUAAGUUUGGCUUGGAACCUCCACCGUGCUUUACGCGUCUACCGAC